CCCCGGGGGCGUUCCCGGCGCUGUGGUUGUGCUAACGGGCUCGGGCGGCGGCCACCAGGGCCCCGCCUUCUCCCGGCCCUCCUCUAGCUCCAUCUUGCCGGCAACUGGAUUGGGCAGUGACGCUGCUCUCGCUGACAGAAUGUCCUACCCAGGCUAUCCUCCCCCGGGCUACCCGCCUUUCCCUGGAUAUCCCCCUGCUGGUCAGGAGUCAUCUUUUCCCCCUCCUGGUCAGUAUCCUUAUCCUACCGGCUUUCCUCCCAUGGGAGGAGGUGCCUACCCACCAGCACCAAGCAGUGGCUACCCUGGAGCUGGAGGUUACCCUGCUCCUGGAGGUUAUCCAGCUCCUGGAGGCUAUCCUGGAACUCCACAGACAGGGGGCUCCCCAUCCUACCCUGGAGGCCAAGGGUUUGGAGCCCCACCAGGUGGAGCAGGCUAUCCAGGCUAUCCACAGCCACCUUCCCAGUCUUAUGGUGGUGGCCCGGCACAAGUCCCACUUCCUGGCGGUUUUCCUGGAGGACAGAUGCCUUCUCAGUAUCCUGGAGGACAAGCUCCUUACCCCAGUCAGACUGAUUCACAGUCCUUUUCCUCCUACCCUGUUUUCUCUCCUGUUUCUUUGGAAUAUAACAGUGAACCUGCUGCAAUGACUCAGAGCACUCAAGGAACCAUCAGACCAGCUACCAACUUCGAUGCCAUGAGAGAUGCAGAAAUUCUUCGUAAAGCAAUGAAAGGCUUUGGGACAGAUGAGCAGGCAAUUGUGGAUGUUGUGUCCAACCGUUCCAAUGAUCAAAGGCAAAAAAUUAAAGCAGCUUUUAAGACCAUGUAUGGCAAGGAUUUAAUCAGUGAUCUCAAGUCAGAAUUAAGUGGAAAUAUGGAAGAGUUGAUCCUUGCCCUGUUCAUGCCCCCUACGUAUUAUGAUGCCUGGAGUUUACGGAAUGCAAUGAAGGGAGUUGGAACUCAAGAACGUGUAUUGAUUGAAAUUUUGUGUACAAGAACAAAUCAGGAAAUCCGAGAAAUUGUCAGAUGUUAUCAAUCAGAAUUUGGGCGGGACCUUGAAAAGGACAUUAGGUCAGAUACAUCAGGGCAUUUUGAACGUUUACUUGUAUCCAUGUGUCAGGGAAAUCGUGAUGAGAACCAGACUGUCAACCACCAGUUGGCUCAGGAAGAUGCUCAGCGUCUGUACCAAGCUGGUGAAGGGAAACUAGGAACAGAUGAAUCUUGCUUUAACAUGAUUCUUGCAUCAAGAAGUUUUCCUCAGUUAAAAGCUACCAUGGAGGCUUAUUCUAGGACAGCUAAUCGAGAUUUGUUAGGCAGUAUUGGCCGUGAGUUUUCUGGAAAUGUUGAAAGCGGUUUGAAGACUAUAUUGCAGUGUGCCCUGAACCGCUCUGCCUUCUUUGCUGAGAGGCUCUACUAUUCUAUGAAAGGUGCUGGCACAGAUGACUCCACCCUGGUCAGGAUUGUGGUCACUCGAAGUGAGAUUGAUCUUGUACAGAUAAAACAAUUGUUCACUCAGAUGUAUCAGAAGACACUGAGCACAAUGAUUGCAAGUGACACAAGUGGCGAUUAUCGAAAGCUGCUUCUGGCCAUUGUGGGCCAGUAGGAGAGAAGGUAACCAUGAGUGAAGCAAUUCAAAGCUAUCCUUCAAAGCAUCACUGACCUGCACUCAGCAAUAUCAGCUAUCACCUAACCAAAGAGCUUUUACUAAGAACUGUGACAGGGUAUUGUGCUUGGUUUGCACAUGUGGCUAUUGCCUUAAUUUCAAUGUUAUUUGCCCUCCAUAUACAAUCAAUGUAAAGCCAUAUCCUAACAUAGUAAUAAUGUAAUGUUUGUAAAGUAUAAUUCUCAUUGCUUUCAUUCUAUUCAGGAUAUCGAAUUGAAUAAAAAUCACACUAAUCUCUAA